GUCAAACCAGAGCUGAUUUAGAAGUUUCCUGCCUUUCGUCACAGUUGGGAUCACGUGACAGUUUUGUCAGCUGGGCUAGAAGUUGCAAAAAUGGCGAUCUUCAGUGUGUAUGUAGUGAAUAAGGCUGGGGGUUUAAUUUACCAAUAUGACAACUAUGUCGCGAAAGCGGAGGUUGAGAAAACAUUUAGCUAUCCUUUAGACGUGGUACUCAAACAUCAUGAUGAAAAGGUCGUGGUAUCGUUCGGACAGCGGGACGGAAUCAGAGUGGGCCACGCAGUACUGUCCAUCAAUGGAGCUGAUGUUAAUGGAAAGAACACAGCAGAAGGAAAGGACAUUCUUGAAUACUUGAAAGAUCCUUCAAAUUAUCCAGUGUCUAUUCGAUUUGGACGGGCUCGCCUGAGCUCCAAUGAGAAGUUGAUGCUGGCAUCCAUGUUCCACUCGUUGUUUGCUAUAGGUUCACAGUUGUCCCCUGAAGUUGGCAGUUCAGGAAUUGAGAUGCUAGAAACAGAUGUCUUCAAACUCCACUGCUACCAGACUCUCACGGGGAUAAAGUUUAUUGUGCUGGCAGACCCUCGACAGUCUGGUAUUGAUGCACUGCUGAGAAAGAUUUAUGAGAUCUAUUCAGACUUUGCCCUGAAGAACCCAUUCUAUUCCUUGGAAAUGCCAAUCAGGUGUGAACUCUUUGAUCAGAAUCUGAAGAGUGCACUGGAGAUAGCGGAGAAAGCUGGCAACUUUGGAACUGGAUCUUGAACCAGAGAGGAUUAAAUAGAUGGAUCUGCUUGAAUGUCAUUUCUAAUCAAAAUAAAUUCACUAAAACUCUGACUAUGGGUCUUAGUGAGGCAACUAAAUUAAAUGGAUUGUCCUUGUUACUUUGGACUGGGAUUUGACAUGUUGUAAAUACAUAAUGUUUUGUAAAUACGUAAAGAUUAAAAUCGUGCAUUAACAUUUCA